AUGAGCAGAUCCGGGAAAUCGUUGACCAAGUACAAGAUUGUUUUCUUGGGAGAACAGGGUGUUGGAAAAACAUCUCUGAUCACUAGAUUUAUGUAUGAUACAUUCGAUGACCAUUAUCAGGCCACCAUCGGUAUAGACUUUCUUUCCAAAACCAUGUAUUUGGAUGACAAAACAAUUAGACUACAGUUAUGGGAUACGGCAGGUCAAGAGAGGUUUAGAUCGUUAAUACCUUCAUAUAUCAGAGAUUCAAGAGUUGCUAUUAUCGUUUAUGACAUUACUAAAAGAAAAUCGUUCGAAUAUAUUGAUAAAUGGAUAGAGGAUGUUAAAAAUGAAAGGGGGGAAGAAAAUGUAAUAUUGUGUAUUGUCGGUAAUAAAAGUGAUCUAUCAGAUGAAAGGCAAAUCUCCACCGAAGAAGGAGAGAAAAAAGCUAAGUUAUUGGGUGCUAAAAUUUUCAUGGAAACGUCCACAAAGGCAGGCUAUAAUGUUAAGACCCUUUUCAAAAGGAUUGCUAAAUCGCUACCUGAAUUCCAAAACAGCGAAUCAACUCCAUUGGAUGGGGAGAAUGCGAAUACAAGCGGAAAUCAAAAUAAGCCCGGUGUUAUUGAUAUUUCCACAACAGAAGAGCAAGAACAAACCAGUUGCCAGUGUUGA